AUGCCUUUAGAGAGAGCUUUGGGGAUCCACUGGCAUGUUGAUUCUGACAACUUCAGAUUCUCUGUUGACCUCAAAGACCAGCCAGCAACACGUCGUGGCAUACUAUCCACAGUUGCGUCUCUGUAUGAUCCCCUAGGCUUUAUUGCUCCUUUCCUGCUCAGUGGAAAAUUGGUGCUUCAGGAAAUGUGCAGAAACGGAACUGGUUGGGAUGACCCCUUCCUAAAGAAUUGCAGUCAAGUUGGGAGCAUUGGAAAGCUGAUCUGUGAACUUGGAAAAAAUCUGCAUAUCCCGCUGCUAUGUGCCUGCAAACUUUGGAAAGGUUGUCAAAAGGAGCUGCAUCACUUCUCUGAUGCGAGCAACAGCGGAUAUGGCCAGUGUACCUAUUUGAGAUCAAUAAGUGAAGAAGGAAACAUACAUUGUGCCCUGGUCAUUGGUAAAUCCAGAGUUGCUCCCAUCAAGGUCCAGACUAUUCCGAGGCUUGAACUGACAGCUGCUGUCAUCUCAGUUGCCAUGAGCAAUAUGCUUAAACAGGAGCUGGAUUAUGCGGACAUAGAAGAGCACUUCUGGACUGACUCUCAAGUGGUGUUGGGAUACAUUAACAACGAAGCACGUCGCUUUCACACAUUUGUAGCGAACAGAGUGCAGAAGAUACAUCUCAGCACUACUCCUCAACAGUGGAAAUAUGUUCCCACUAAUGAAAACCCUGCUGACCAUGCAUCAAGAGGUUUAAACACUAAUGAGAUUCUAACAUCCAAUUGGUUGACAGGGCCAGAUUUCCUGUGGAAGAAGGAUAAACCUCCUGUGGCAAAUAUUGACAUAGCACUAACGAUUGGAGAUCCUGAAGUCAGACAGGCUCAGACACUGAGUUCACAUACAACAGAAGUCUGUCUCUCAGAUCGCUUGUCAAAGCUGUCUUCAUGGUCUGGAGUUGUCCAAGCUGUGGCUCGCCUCAUUCGCAGAGCAAAAGGAGACAAAUCCAACAGUUACAGUACUGUAGCUGAACGAGAAGAUGCAAAAUGCUUAAUUGUUAAAGAUUUACAAAGAAACAACUUUCCAGAGGAAAUCAAAUUACUGAGAAAGGGGCUCAGCUGUCACCUAGCAGCAGGUUGUACCGUCUUGAUGCCUUCCUAG